AGGAUUAUUGGAACACUAUAGCCAUUAGAGAGAGACAUACCGGUGGUGGAUGAGUCACAUAUUACAGUCUUAUUUGUGGUGUUAAUCCUCCCUUGUGGGCUCUAACUUAUUCCUCCAGUCAAGGGGGAGACUAUAAAAGACUCAUAGUGUUCGAGGAGGAGAGACGUGGGCGGCUGUUCAGUGAAAAUGGCGGCGCCCAAUACAGAUGUUCUUCGCGUUAUAUGGUCCCGCGUAACUUCCGCCUGCUAGAAGAAUUAGAGGCUGGUCAGAAAGGUGUAGGAGAUGGCACCAUCUCCUGGGGAUUAGAAGAUGACUCUGACAUGACCCUUACCAAUUGGACAGGCAUGAUCAUCGGACCCCCCAGGACAAAUUUUGAGAAUCGGAUGUACUCCUUAAAGGUAGAAUGUGGUUCAAAAUAUCCAGAUGAUCCACCUAACAUUCGCUUUAUCAGUCGAAUUAACAUGCAGGGAGUUAACAGCCAAACUGGGGUUGUGGAUCGUCGACAUGUGUCUGUACUGGGACGUUGGCAAAGAAAUUACACAAUUAAGACAGUGUUACAAGAGCUGAGGCGCCUUAUGACCCAGAAGGAGAAUAUGAAGCUAACACAGCCACCAGAGGGCACCAACUAUUAGCUGGCCACUGUACCUUACUAACCUCUUACACUACAACCACCACCAUUAUUCUGCUCUCGUGGGAGGGAUGCUGCACUGUGGGUUAUCUGCACCAGUGGAUCUCACUGAAGAAUUGGCAUCAAGGCUAAAACAAAUUGAAAUGUUUGAGAGGCCUUGGGAUUAAAAUAUUUCAUCAGAUUUAAAAGGGUACAUAAACCUGAUCAUAUCAUGCUUACUGUAGCAUGGGAGCCUGAGAAAUGCUUAAUAGAAUGUGAAAUUGGAUCACUUAGGUUAGUAAAUGCUCAUUGUUAAUGGAUAUCACACUGUUGUAACAAAGACAUGGCCAUAUCAGUUAAUAUCGUCAAUUCUUUGAUUUUUUAAGGUUAAAGAUUUGAUUGAUACUUUAAUGUGAAUCAUUAGUUUCAGCAGCUACUGCUUCAUUCGUAAUUGUAGCUGUUGUAUAACGCCAUUUAUCACUGGACAUCAAGGGUCAGUGUACUUGUAGCCUUAAUUUACCUGUCUGCCAUAGAAGAUUGGUAAAAUUUAGCUAUUGGCUCGGGUUUUCAUUAUGGCUGAUAUAAAGAUUCAUGCAGUUUCUUGAUUAGUAGUUGAAUAUCCAAAAAGGGCUAGGGCAAGUUUAGCAGCAUGGUGCAUGCAUGUAUAUGACCCUGUUACAGAGCCAUAUUAGGAAAUACACUGCUUUGAUGUACACACGAGGGUUUACUGUGUCCAUUCACCUCUUCAUACCUCGUCCAUAAUUAUUCCUACAGACCUAUUUUGAGAAAUAAAUUAAAGCAACAGAUGCAGUAAGCGGAGAGCAUGCAAUCAGUGGCUCGGAGUCCAUAUGACUGCUUUGUGUUUACAAGCUACCGCAAUUUAUUGUCACAUAUUGCUUUCCGCAUGAGUCUUGUUGUUUUCAUGUUUACAAAGGUCAUAUAUAUAUUGUCAUUUUUAGAAACCUUCACCUAUCCUACAUAAUUAUAUUAUGAAAAUGUUAUAUAAUGAAACCUUUUCAUUUUUAGUAUACAGUAUAGUAAGUACAGUACUGUAAUGUGAAAUUCAAAAGCAUAUUCCUUUAAGGUACACACAUUUAGUUAAGAUAUGUAUUGUUAUAAUCAUCGGUGGAUUUACCAUUUUUCAGGGCUUUUUUAUUAUUAUAAUUAUGUAUAAUUGUUUAAGUAAGUAACUUCCAUCCCCCAUCACUUCUGGACCCAUCCAUCCACAGGGCUUGUUGUUUGCCUCAAGUCGGCGAGCAUUUUAUUAACUUUCAUCGCUAUUCAGCAAGUGCAUUGUUAGGGGGCAACAUUAGUGUAGUGUGACCUAUCAUUUAGGAUCUUUAGGGUACUCUUAACUUUGGUUUAUUUUAUCUUGAUACUGCAGUUUUCCUCCAUUUUCUUCUUCAUACAUCAUCAAAAGCUUGUCUGGCCCCACCCAAGGUUCUGUUCUAAAGCAUUGUAAUGAAUAAAUUGUGUGAAGUAAAGAUAAUAAAAAUUUCUACUCCACA